AUGUCUGGUGAUAGAAAGAAAAUCUGGCAAGAUGUAUGGCGCGGUGAUAAGACCUUAAAGACAGAGUUUCCAUCACUAUACAUUUUAGAGCAGAAAAAGAAGUGGAAUGUUGCAGAAAGAAUUUAUGAACUUAGGUUCAAUUGGCAAUGGAAAACUGACCCGGUCAAUUUAGGUCUUUAUGAUGAGCUUGGCUGGUUACAAAGGGCUAUGGAUAACAUUAGAAUUCAACAUGGGUCGGAUAGUUGGAUGUGUCCUCUAGCAGCAGAUGGCAACUUCACAGUGGCGGCUAUAAGGAGAAGAAUAGAUUUUCAACCUGUAAACACCACACUGCAAUCUAUGGUGAUUUGGAGCAAAUCAAUUCCUCUGAAAGUUACAUGUUUCGUAUGGCGAGCAUGCCUUGGUCGAAUCCCUUCGGCAGUAGCAUUGAUGAACAGGGGCGUAAACGUCGGAUCAACCUCUUGUGGAUCCUACAUUGGUGGUGAGGAUUGUGUUGAUCACUCUCUAGUUACAUGUCUGUUCGCUAACAGAGUGAGAGCAUACAUUCUUGACUGGUGUGACAUUAAUACAAUGAUAACUCAAAGUGUUGGUGAAUUGAUUAACUUUGCAGCUUCCUGGGGGAGAUGUUCUCAGAAAAGGGAGAAAUUAAUUUCCAUCUAUUACGGUAUGGUUUGGGCUUUAUGGAAGAUUAGAAACAACAUAUUGUUUAGGGGAGAUUUCGUUUAUCCCUCUAGAGUGGUAGAAAACAUUAAGUCAAUGGUAUUCCAAUGGCUCAAACACAGGGAAGUGAAAGAAAUCAUUUUAUGUACUAAUAGUGGACAAAUUGGCGUAUUACCAAAUCAAGCUCCUAUUGCCACAUUAGUAGAUAUAGGUAUUUUGAGAAUACGCCUUAACGACCAAUGGCUAACGAUGGCUCUGAUGGGCGGUUUUGCUAGAAUAGGUAAUAAUGAGAUCACUGUUUUAGUAAAUGAUGCAGAGAAAAAUGGUGACACUGAUCCACAAGAAGCUCAACAAACUCUUGAAAUAGCGGAAGAUGCUUUGAGAAAAGUUGAAGGAAAGAGACAAACAAUUGAGGCAAAUUUAGCUCUCCGACGGGCUAGGACACGGGUAGAGGCAUAUUAUUCCAUGUUCAGUUAUUGA